AUGUCCGGUAAAACUUCAAGGUUGGAAGAUCCCACACCGGCUUUUACAGCCCCUGUUUCGUCUGAACCUUCGGGCAUGGAUCCUUCCAGGCAACCCGGAGAUACGGCUCAGCCCGGCAAACCGAGACGACGACGGCGUCCGGCUGAGUCGGGGGCUCAACCGAAGAACCAAUUCUACUUUGUUGACUCAUCCUCAUCAUCAAAGGAGAAACGUGCUCAUGUUAUGCGCCACCAUGUCCAGGAAAAGCGGAAGCAGCGCAAAUUAUCCCACGAAUCCCUACAGCCUGAACAGAUCCAGGAUGCAUUAUCAUGGCAGACGACGAAGGAUCCGGAAUAUGAAACGGACCCUCAGAUGGAACCGGCAGCGUCUGGUGCCCAGGGCCCUUCGCCCGAUCCGAAUUCUUCGUUGCGAAUUAGGUUUUCAAAUGUAAACCCGGCUCCCCAGUCGGCCGUGUCCUUACAACUAGGCUCACCCAGGACGAUGCUUGAUGCGUCCCGAAAAGAUCCCUUUUCUAGCCUACCGAUCGCCCACGAUCCCGAGAAUCUUGAAUUGGUGGACUACUGGACGACCAAAUUGACUUAUUGGUCCGGUCAGAACCCUUACGUCAAGAACCAGAUCUUCCGAACAGCCAUGGACCAUCCAGUCACCUUUCAAGCCGUCAUCCUAACCUAUUGUGCUCGGUGGAAAGCUCAAAUAUAUGGAAUUACAGACAGCCCAGAGGUCAUUCGGCAUGUUGGACAGUCGCGAAAGAACAUCGACGACGCCACCAGAGGUAUUAUACAAGUCCCUCCCGAUCAAUUGGCCAUGGCUCUAUCUGGAAUGGCACUCGGAGAGGAACGCUUCGGCGAUAAAUCAGAGGGUCGACGUUGUCUUGAUCAGGCCCUCCACCUGAUGCGACCGCGUCCUGGAUCCAAUCCACCUGUGGAGGUCUUUCUCCACUACGUUCGGUUUAUUAUGCUACCCCAAAACACCGAGGUCGACCCAGCAGACCUUCAAUGGCUGGUAUCAUUUUUAUGGGGUGCACAAAGCCUCAUGCAAAGGCACAGCUCCCCGGAUUACCUGGCCCACACGCCACAAAGACGCGAUGCAUUUGAAAUGCAGAGUCCGCUAUUCUCCCUUUUGUCUAGUGGGCCACGACCAUCCCAGGUUCCGCAAGCUGCUCGGAUGUACGUGGUUCGUGAUGCUCAAACACAAGAAAUCAGUCGGACGGCAGCGUUAAUCUACAUCACCGCUGCCCUUUGGGACUUUAAGGAUUCGGCCAGCAAAUGCGGCCGCUUCAUGAAAUACCUAUCUACGACGGUUGAGCACCACCAGCUCGAUCGACAGCACGCCUGCGAAACGCUGCUUUGGCUACUACUUGAGCAAGGCUGCGAUCCCGACCUGCAGGCCCACGAACGAGCGUGGUCGACAGGAGAGCUGCUCUUAACACACAAGCAGCUGCGACCGGACCAACAAUUCCACUUCAACGAAAUUUUGAUGAGCUUUCUGACCCUGCGGGCACCCAUCCGUGGCAUCGACAUCUUCGAGAAGGAACUUAACAAGGGCGGACUCCUGUAG